AUUCCCUUGACCAACAAGAAACGAAAACCGCCUCACUCAAAAUUAUUAAAAAAAAAAAAACGAAAACGAAAACGAAAACCGCAGAUAAUUAUGUUGAUGAUGGGAUUGGUUGAUGAUCGAGGACGGUAAUUUUUCAAUUGUAAUUGAUUCAAUUAAUUACCUAUGGAGUUCCUUACCUGUUUUCUUCACCAGCGUUUAUUAACCCUCUCCUGCUUCUUCGGCUCAGCACCUCCGGUAGCUGUCUCUUUGCCAAAGCUUCCUCGAAACUUUUUGAACACUUACGUUUUCGAGCAGGAUUACAGGAAUAUUUGCGAACUCCUCCUUUCUGUUACUCGCUCAAGGUCUGUCCCUAAGGGACUUCAGCUCCAUGCCCAUAUCAUCAAAGCAGGUAUCCAGACCAUCCCUCUCAUAUCCCACCAUCUUAUCAAUCUCUAUUCAAAAUCGCAACUUCCACUUUUUGCCCUCCAAGUUUUUGAAGAGGCGCCGCAGAAGUCAAGCACCACUUGGAGCUCUGUCAUAUCUUCAUUUGCCCAAAAUGAGCUUCCUUUACUUGCUCUUGAAUUCUUUCGUCGCAUGCUUCACAGCGACGUUCGGCCUGACGAUCAUAUAUUCCCUAGCGCGACUAAGUCGUGUGCAUUUUUAUCGAUGUGUGACGUUGGGCAGUCUGUGCACUGCCUUGUCGUGAAGACUGGGUAUGAAUUUGAUGUGUUUGUUGGGAGUUCAGUUGUUGAUAUGUAUGCCAAAUGUGGAGAGAUAAAACUUGCCCGGAAAAUGUUCGAUGAAAUGCCUGAAAAGAAUGUGGUUUCUUGGAGCGGGAUGAUAUAUGGCUACACUCAAAUGUGUGAGGAUGAUGAAGCUCUCAGACUGUUCAAGCAAGCACUACUGCAAGAUGUGGAUGUCAAUGAUUUUACAUUGUCUAGUGUAUUACGGGUUUGUGGCACCUCAACUUUGCUUGAAUUGGGGAAGCAAAUACAUGGACUGUGCUUCAAGACAAGUUUUGAUUCAUCAAGCUUCGUGGGUAGUUCUUUGUUAUCGCUGUACUCCAAGUGUGGAGUAGUUGAAGGAGCUUAUCUGGUGUUUGACGAGAUAACUAUUAAAAACCUUGGUAUGUGGAAUGCAAUGCUGAUAGCAUGCGCCCAGCAUGCGCACACUAACAAAACGUUUGAGCUGUUCAAACAGAUGGAAAGUGUUGGGAUGAAACCCAAUUUCAUCACCUUCUUAUGCAUACUUUAUGCUUGCAGCCAUGCAGGAUUAGUAGAGAAAGGCCAAUGUUACUUUCAGCUGAUGAAAGACUAUGGUAUUAAACCAGGGGCCCAACAUUACGCCUCCAUGGUAGAUUUGCUAGGUCGUGCUGGAAAACUGCAGGAGGCAGUUCAGAUGGUUCAAGAAAUGCCUAUGGAACCAACAGAAAGUGUUUGGGGAGCAUUAUUGACAGGGUGUAGAAUACACGGGAACACUGAAUUGGCAUCUUAUGUUGCUGAUAGAGUUUUUGAGUUGGGUCCUGUAAGCGCUGGUCUUCAUGUCCUUCUAUCUAAUGCUUAUGCUGCUGCUGGAAGAUGGGAAGAAGCAGCAAGAGCGAGGAAGAUGCUGAGGGACAAAGGAAUAAGGAAGGAAACUGGUUUGAGUUGGGUGGAGGAGGGAAACAGAGUUCACACAUUUGCUGCUGGGGAUAAAUCUCAUGUGAAAACCAUAGAAAUAUAUAAGAAAUUAGAGGAGUUAGGAGAAGAAAUGGAGAAAGCUGGAUAUGUGGCAGACACAUCUUUUGUGUUGAAAGAAGUGGACGGUGAAGAGAAGAAUCAGACAAUCAGAUUUCACAGCGAGAGAUUAGCCAUAGCAUUUGGCCUCAUUGCCUUCCCUCCUGAACGACCCAUCAGAGUAAUGAAGAAUUUGCGUGUUUGUGGUGAUUGCCACACUGCAAUCAAGUUUAUUAGCAAAUGCACUGGAAGGGUAAUCAUUGUGAGGGAUAACAACCGGUUCCACAGAUUUGAAGAUGGAAAAUGCACUUGUGGAGAUUAUUGGUGAUCAUCGAGAUUACUACUGUGAACAGCUAUGUUUGGGAGCUGGAACAACAUAAUCGUGACAAUCAAAAUAUUCUUCUCUUUGUUGUAGUCAUUGAAGAGCUGCAAAUGGCUUAAGCGUCGAUCUAGUUCUGACAAUGACUGUUAACCAUCAAGGGAGCUCAGAUUUUGCAUACUGUGCUUACUCCAUGAUAUGUCUGGAAAAUAUUUUCGCAGUGAAUCAAAACAACAAUCUUGGAAUUAGGAGGGGGGAAUAAUAUUUAUCGAAGUUCUAAUAUACGUUUACUGAGCAACCGGUAAAACACAUCAAUAUUUCUCCUCGUUCUACCUUUUCAUCCUCUGUGCAUGUCUGUCUGUCUUAUGGCUAAUUACUUUUCUGCUUCUCCCAGAUUAUGGUGGCAACAUUUUGCUUAUUUACAUUAUUGAUUAUCUUCAAUUCAUGGCUUUGCUGGUAUCUGGAUCGCUUUGUCCAUUUAUGAGUUUGAGUGCAUUGGCUGGCUUUUUGGGGCUGGGGUCUGAAACAGGAGCUCGGAGUCGGAGGUUCCUCAACGAAAAUUCUGCAACACUCACUUCUGUGAAAUUAUGAAACCAUCAUCAGGAUAUGGAGCAAAUCGCUCCAUCAUGGACUCGCAUGGAUUUAAUUUACUUUUUCCCCUGUACUAUUCCUCAUAUCUUGCCCCAGGGGGAGAUGAUUUAUUACAGCCUUGCAAGUGAAGCGAAGCUGCUAGCGGCUUGGGAAAGUGAAAUUCAAGUUAUUGGUUAUUAACUUUUUUCUUAUGUUCAAAAAGGCCAUAUCACCCUAAAAGAUAAAGGUUAAGUAUUAUUUUUAUCUCUUAACUUUAUUCGAAAGAUUAUUGAACAUUUUAAAUUUAAU